CUUUUUCUGACUCUCUCUUUCUCUCUAUAUAUCUGUAUAUUGCGCAGUGUUUUCUUCCAAAGUACUAUUAUUUAUCGCUACCAGGUACCUACUAGCUAAAACUGCUGUCUCUAAUUAACUGAACUUGGUUCUGUUCAUGAUUGAAUCCAUUAUGCCUUCCCUCUCCGAAGCCUACAGAGCCCACCCAGUUUACCUUCACCAUAAGAACCCUGACUUUCACUCCCUUCGAGAACUUCCUGAUUCCUACGCAUGGACUCAUCUCGACGAUAACCGCACCGCCGCUGUCGACGCCGACGGCGGUGGCCGCGGCGUCCCUCCCGUGAUCGAUCUCGACGACCCCAAUGCUCCCACGCUCAUAGGCCAUGCAUGCAGGAGUUGGGGUGUGUUCCAGGUGGUCAAUCACGGCGUGCCCAGCAGACUUCUUCAGGACAUUGAGUCCACCGGCAAGUCCCUCUUCUCCCUCCCCCCUCACCAGAAGCUCAAGGCGGCUCGAUCCCCCGACGGCGUCUCCGGCUACGGCCUCGCUCGCAUCUCCUCCUUCUUCCCCAAGCUCAUGUGGUCCGAAGGAUUCACCAUUCUUGGUUCUCCUCUCGACCAUUUCCGCCAGCUCUGGCCUCUUGAUUAUACCAAAUACUGCAACGUUGUCGUGGAGUACGAAGAAGCCAUGGAAAAGCUUGCGGGAAAGCUAACGUGGCUCGUCUUAGCUUCCUUGGGCAUAUCAAACCAAGACAUCCAAUGGGCUGGCUCCAAAGAUGAAGAAUUGAAAGGUGCUUGCGCGGCUCUUCAGUUUAACUCUUACCCGACUUGCCCCGACCCGGACCGAGCCAUGGGUCUCGCCGCCCACACCGACUCCACUAUCCUCACCAUCCUAUACCAAAACGCCAUCAGCGGCUUGCAGGUGUUUAAGGAAGGGACCGGGUGGGUCACGGUGCCGCCGAUCCCGGGCGGGCUGGUGAUCAACGUGGGUGACCUGCUCCACAUUUUGUCGAACGGGUUGUACCCGAGCGUGUUGCACAGGGUGCUGGUGAACCGGACCCGGCAGAGGCUAUCGGCGGCGUACCUGCAUGGGCCCCCAGCGAGUGUGAAGAUAUCGCCACAUCCGAAGGUGGUGGGGCCCAACAGGCCGCCACUGUACCGGCCGGUGACGUGGCAUGAAUACCUGGGCACAAAAGCCAAACAUUUCAACGAGGCGCUGUCCUUUGUUCGGCUGUGCGCACCCAAAAACGCCGUGUUUGGCGACGGAAACGACACCGACCACGGUCACAAAAACAAUAACAGCGUCCAAGUGGGCUAGAUAUAUAAGAGAACAAUAUAACAACAACAAUAGUAAUUACGUCGUAGAAUUUUGAAUCUUUUUUUCCCCGUCGACUUGACCCUCUAGGCCACUAUUUUGUUUCUAUAUAUGUGGUUAAAUCAUUUGUUUCCCCUUAUUAUAAUGAUGAUUUAAUUUUUAUU